AUGACACUAUCGUCCGAAUCAGCAGUCCAGCUGUCCCUCAAACAGUAUACUUCCAUAAUAUCCUCACUUCCGUUAGCGAAAGAGACGUCAGCCAUAGUUAAUCGCAUUAUUAGAUAUAUCCGGGAAGCGAAACUGAAACCCGACUUGGUUUUCUAUACGGCGUUAAUUGACUAUUAUGCAAAGAGAGCUUUACUAGAUCAAACACUCGAAAUAUACCAGGCAAUGCUAAGCGACAAUAUUAAACCGAACGUGGUUACGUAUGCAAAAUCAGGUCAUCUCGAAACGGGGAAGGUAUUCAGGAGCAUGCAUCGCGUCGGUAUUUUCCCGAACAUUGCACAAAUGAGGCUUUGGAUUUUUCGACGAGAUGCGAAGAAAGGGCAUAAAACCAGAUCUGCGCACGAAUUCAGAACGGAUUCCGAGCACAAUUAA